GCCGCCCAGUGGCCAAAAACACUCAGUGCAGCGGGAGGACCGGUGACAAACAUCCAGUUAGGAGAGGUCAUCGCCACAAGACUUUGGAAGAGACGGCUGUUCUCAGUUCAUGCCUGGGUAACAGGCGUUGUCCGUACUUUUUUAACGCCAUGAGGAGGGCAAUUGUGCCGCUAACCUCCUGGUAAUACUCCUGAAAAUGCCCCAUGCGUAUUGUUCUGUGCUAGAAGAUGGCGGAGUCGGAUGGUGGGGAUUUUGCCUCGAAACAGCCGCAGAGCAGUAUGGCUAACAAGAAUAGCACCCUGCGCUGUACAUUCUCAGCCCCGAGCCACAGUGCCACCCUCCUCCAGGGCUUGUCAGUCUUGCGGGCUCAGGGCCAACUACUUGAUGUCGUUCUGGCCAUCAAUGAGGAGCGCUUCCAGGUCCACAAAGCUGUGCUGGCCGCCUGUAGCGAUUACUUCAGAGCAAUGUUUACUGGAGGUAUGAGGGAGUCAAAUCAAGAUACCAUUGAGCUGAGGGGUUUGUCCGCCCGAGGGUUAAAGCAUAUCAUUGACUUUGCCUAUAGUGCAGAAGUCACUUUAGACCUGGACUGUAUUCAGGAUGUCCUCGGAGCAGCUGUCUUUCUCCAGAUGGUUCCUGUUGUGGAGCUCUGUGAGGAGUUCCUCAAGUCUGCAAUGAGUGUGGAGACCUGCCUGCACAUCGGCCAGAUGGCCACCACUUUCAGCCUGUCUUCCCUCAAGGACUCAGUGGACGCCUUCACAUUUUGCCACUUCCUUCAAAUUGCAGAGGAAGAGGACUUUCUGCACAUUCCCAUGGAGCGCCUCAUCUUCUUCCUGCAGAGCAACAAACUGAAGAACUGUAGCGAGAUUGACCUCUUCCACGCUGCCAUCAGAUGGCUCCAAUAUGACGAGUCUCGCCGGGCUCAAGCUAGCAGUGUCCUCUGCCAUGUGCGCUUCCCGCUCAUGCACUCGUCUGAACUGGUGGACAGUGUUCAGACGGUGGACAUCAUGGUGGAGGAUGUGCUGUGCCGCCAGUAUCUCCUUGAGGCCUUCAAUUACCAAAUUCUUCCCUUCAGACAGCAUGAGAUGCAGUCCUCACGGACACUCAUUCGUUCUGAUGUCAUUUCACUCAUCACGUUUGGUGGAACGCCCUACACUGACAAUGAUCGCACCGUUAGCACCAAGGUGUACUACCUCCCUGACAUUGCCUCCCGCCAGUUCAAAGAGCUGACAGAGAUGGAGACAGGGUGCAGCCAUGCUUGUGUUGCCGUGCUUGAUAACUUUGUGUACGUCGUCGGUGGACAGCACUUACAGUACCGAAGUGGUGAGGGGGCAGUAGACAGCUGUUUCCGCUACGACCCACACCUGAACCAGUGGCUGCGUAUCCAGUCCUUGCAGGAGGCACGAAUCCAGUUCCAGCUCAACGUGCUGCAUGGACAGCUGUAUGCCACCGGAGGGCGCAAUCGAUCUGGCAGUCUGUCAUCUGUAGAGUGUUACUGCCCAAAGAAGAAUGAGUGGACAUAUGUGGAACCAUUAAAACGCAGGAUUUGGGGUCAUGCAGGGACACCCUGUGGAGAAAAGCUGUAUAUCUCAGGAGGUUAUGGCGUCUCAUUGGAUGACAAGAAAACUCUUCACUGCUAUGACCCGGUAGCUGACCAUUGGGACUUCAGGGCUCCCAUGAAUGAACCCAGAGUGCUGCAUGCCAUGAUCAGUAGCAGAGAUCGGGUUUAUGCACUAGGUGGUCGCAUGGACCACGUGGACCGCUGUUUUGAUGUGCUGGCGGUCGAGUAUUACAAUCCAGAGAGUGACCACUGGACCACUGUCAAUCCCAUGAGAGCAGGGCAGUCUGAGGCUGGCUGCUGCUUACUGGACAGAAAGAUCUACAUCGUUGGUGGCUACAACUGGCACCUGAAUAACGUCACAAGCAUCAUUCAGGUGUACAACACAGAGACAGAUGAGUGGGAGAGGGAUUUGCAUUUCCCAGAGUCCUUUGCUGGCAUUGCAUGUACACCAAUUAUACUUCCACAAAUCACCACACAACGCUAACCAUCUGACCCAGCA